AUGACGGAUGCAGCUGAUUCUUCUUCAAAUCGUUUCUUCAGCGACAGUGCCUCUGCGUUAGGACGGCAGUUUUGCAUCAUCUUCCUUAAUCUGCAGAGCGCGUCGGACAAUCGCCGUCGGCGGGUGGAAGAAUGCCUCUCCGCUCUUCGCGACCUGCUUGUUGCGCACACUAAGGAGGUGGGUGAGCAUGGUCUUGUCGACUAUCUUUUCCGCCUUGUAACAGAGACAUUCGGCGUGUCGGUUGACAAGGGUAUCAAGGCCCUUCGCGUCGUCUUUGAUGUUCAACUUGGGGAUCAGCAUGAGGAGCGUUCGCGCUGCCUUAACCUUCUCAUGCAGCAGGCGGCGAGCGCGAAAACCAUGGAGGACUGCGCUGCCAUGCUGCACGAACUAGGUGAGGUUCUGCAGGAGAAUGUCCGCUCCACCUCGGAUCUGCUGGGCAAACACUUGAAUCGCGCCAUCCACAUGAUGCAGAAUGGUGCAUCCCUCCGGGAGAAGGCAGUGGGGUGCCAGAUGCUUGCAACAAUGGUGGGAACAAGCUGCGGUGUGAUCAAGCGUAACCCAGCGCUCUUGGAAGCGCUCAACACCUCCUGCCAGCCAAAUUUUCUAUUACGAGAGACCAUUGUCAGCCCUUUGCUAUGGCAUAGAGAGGCUCUGGUUUCUCUACUUACAAACAUCGUUGAGAAACACUGCAUUGAUAUACACACCUCGAUGUCAGUACAGAUUUCUGCUAUCAUGACGGAGUAUAUGGAGGCACCUGCUGAAGAGGGCCAUACUGUCGGAGUGUUGACCGCCAUUGAGGCUGUUGCAGCGUCGCCCAUGCUCCAGGCGGUGCCAUGGUCACUGAAGGCGAUAUGCUCCUUUUUGACUGGCUGUAAUUGGAAGAAGCAGCCCCAGGAGGUUGGCAUGAUGGCGGUGCGAACGACGGCGAAGUCACUGCUUCUCUUUGUGAAUGAUGAAAAGCUGUACGCUAAGGUUGUACGAUUUCUCUUGUCUUACAUUUCCGAUUGGGAGGAGAAUAUUGCAUUGGAGGCACUCACCGCAUUCAAAGGUGUACUCAGGCAUGUUGAUAUUGAACCACAUGUGAAGUUGGCUGUUGAAGGAAUUCGCAACUUUAUCAUCGAGUUUCCUUUUCACCAGGUGGCAUUUGACACACUCGAGAUUCUGCGGUCGCAAUACGGGGAAAGUUGUGUCGGUAGCAUUUACAGUCUGCACGAUGUCACCGAGGCGGACAUGGCGCACGUCAAUCUGCAGAAGCUGAGUGCGCUACUGCGUUUUAUGGGGGAUCGUGCAUCGCUGAGCCGUGAUUUCCUGGCGCGAUGCGUUAUUGACAUUUCGCCCCAAAAAGACGUCGAUCUGCUGGUACGUGCGCUGUCGUUUCUCGCAACUCUGGGCCGGACGGGACAACUCCCGGAGGCGGUGGAGUUGAUGUUUCACGAGAAUCUGGAUGUGCGGCGGGCCGCUGUCAACGCAGUCGUGACACUCUGCAAGCAAUUAAUUGUGGGGACGGAUAACGAAGACAAUAUGCACCAACUGACGCACCGACUGGACAACAUGGUUACAGAUGCCGUGGGAAAACUGCUUGAUGUGGCGGUAGCUGACAGGGAUGCCGAUCUCCGCCACGAUGUCCUCUGCAGAUUGUCACCGCUGUUCGAUGCAUAUCUCUCACUCCCGGAUCACCUCGAUGCGCUUUUUAUGGCGCGCAACGAUAUUUCUAGACAGGCACGCGAUCAGGCACUUAUCCUGUUGUGCCGUCUGCAUCCUUGUCACCCUGGCAUUGUCCAUCCCCAGUUACUGCGCCUACAGGAGUACAUGCUGAGAGAGAUUGAAGCGAAUGACGGUUCAAUGUCCACGGCUAUUUACCAGGCAUCACUACUGCAGAUGACGGCAGAACAUGAUGCGCUACUUCUGCAGCCCAAGACAGUGGAACUGACAGUACUGGCACGGCUUCAAAAGCAAACUUUUGUUUCAAAGAGUUUCUCUAUUGCAUUGCUGAAUCUACUACAGGCUAUUCUGGAUCAUACCGGGUCACAAUGCCACUGUGAUGCGAAACAGCUCCUUAAGCCCGUGCUUCAUAUUGUGAAUGUGAGCACUUCUUCGAAGCGACGCAGAGCCGCGCUUGAUACAUUAUGCUCUAUAUUGACUACCAUCACAAUAACGGAGCAGCCUACUCACAUUGAUGUUUGCCGCGCACUCGCACGUAUUAUCCGAUCUGAAGCGGAGGAGGAUGAGAGCGUUAAUUACACUGCAUUGAAGGCUAUGAGUGUCAUUGGCGCCGUAAACCCCAUUAAGGUGCGCGGUGUCUUGAAGGUUCUACAGGACGAUGAGAUUGAAGAGGCAGAGGAGGUGGUGACACCAGCCUUGGCACAUUACAAACCACGUAUGCGUGUACAUCCGCAAUUGACUGAACGAUACCCCUCAAUUGUUCUUUAUUUACUGGUGAAGACGCUACAGCAAAGCGCAGACCCUCAACCGCAGACAGAUACGAUAUCCACUAUCAAUGCUAUGAUACGCGAAAUACCUGGAAACCAGAAGGCAAUGCUUCUCACACAAUUUCUUCCUCAGUUGCAGACGUGGCUGGCAGACCCCGAGAAGGCCCAUUUGUACCAAGGCAUCUUAUUUCUUAUGACCGAGUUGGCGACUUUGCUGUGGCAGUACAAGGAUAUAAUCCCAGCAAGUACCGGUUCAGAGCUUCUCAAGUCGGUGCGACUCUUCUGUUUGCUCCCACAAGCUUCACAAAAGCCACUCAAUGCUGGUGUUGUAGAGUUGUUGGAUGAGGUGGCUCGUGGGCUUCCGGCGCAGGAAAUGCGAGAUCACCGUUGGGCGGUGGAGUUCAUCCAUCAACGUCUUUCGCAAGAUAAGAGGGACCUUGCUUUAGUUCUUCGAGCAGUGAAGUCAUUAGAGUCAUUCUUGGCGGUUUUGCAUGAAAAGGACCUUCAAGUGGUGUUACCACAUGUUCUUCUUUGCAUUGAACCGGCAGAGUCGAUGCAUGUGGCCUCUAGGUCGAAGGCGAAAGAAAUCAACGCUGCGUGUUUCGAUUUCCUGAAUCAAAUUAUGGUAAAACAACCGUCGCUGGUGAAGGAUUGUUGUGCUGAAAUUGUUCACAUUAUCAUGUGGUACAUUGAAAAGUCCGACAGCCAAGAUGAGAUGGAGAUGGGCCUUGAUACACUUGCUUUCCUUGUGGAAGUUGUAAAGCAACCGGCGAAGCGCUUUAUUCAUUCUAUUCAACGUCUUGCGGAACAAAAGGGCUUUUCAGAUACUACCUUUACCGAGCUAUUGAACUCCGCUGCCCAAGGAUUCUUGAAGGUGCGUGUGCCACCCAGGAAGCAUGACACACUUAACCCUGAUCUGCCUCUCAGCGUCGUUUCGCAUCUGCCGGGACUCUCCAAGAAGGAUUUUGAAGACGAGAUGAUGAAUACAAUGCGCCUCGGCGUGGAUGACUUUGAGGUGAUUGGCGUUUCACAUUCGACUGGACAAACUGUAAUUCAAUUCCGCUUUUGUCAAGGUGAGGACUCAGCAAUGAACUUCCAUUCAUUUACAAGGAAGGCACAGGAGAUGCAGUCAGCACUGAGGCGCAACCUCGGCAUCCUCAAACUAAAUCAAAAUCGUGUGCCAGAGAGCACGAUUGAUGAAGCUCUCUUACAAAAGAUUGCAGCCUUGCCAGUGGCCAACAAGAAAAAACGUGAGCAGUCGUGGAUUACCUGGCUGCACAAUACAUCCGUGGUCAUGCUGAUCCACUCUCCGAUACAGCCCCUCCGUUGCACAGCUAUGCUCGCUGCGAGAAACAUUGACCUAUCAAGAGAUCUUUUCUUAUUUGCUGCUUCAGCCUUCAUUGCCCAAUUGGAUAGAUCACAACGGACGCUCAUUAUGACGACCUUCACACGCGCAGCAGAGUUGUCUCCAAACGAUAUAAAACAAGUUUUGUUUGGUUUUGCAGAAUUUUUGGAAUCAGAGCGCGGUAAAAAGAAUACAGAGGUGUCAAAGCGAGUAGAAACUGUUAACUGUAUCGUUGAGCGAGAGAACACGGGGAAGAAGUUUGGUAUUAACUACGAUCAAAGUAUGCGCGGUAUUGUUGUAACCAAACUAGAGCCCAAUGGUCCAGGCAAUAAGGCAGGGGUUCCUGUUGGUGCAGUUCUAAUCGCCAUCAAUGGAAGAAAGGUGAAUGCAGUCAACGAGAUUGUCACAGUGAUAGCUGGUCUCAGUAAAAUUGAGCUCACGUUAAACUCGGAGUUUGAGGAACGUCGUAGAGUGGAACCCAAACCACUCAUGGACAUUGAUGUUUUGGCCCGUGUUGCCUUUGAUUCACAGAUGCACGCCAAGGCUAUCUUUCUUAAUGAGGUGCUGUUUGACCAACUGUUCAGUGAGUUGGGAGAGCAGGUGUCGGGCCGUCAGGAUGCCGCUGUGCGCUCUGCGCUGCGGGUGGUGGAACGGUUGAUUGAAUUCUACGGCCAUUUGGGAUUGACCAUGGUCGCAAAGGGACUGGUGAAGAAAAUGUCUGCUAAAUUCUCUGGCAAUAUUAUUGCGCCUGAACAGUUUGGCUUUGAUGAAGUUGGUACACUGGAGCAAUUGAACUGGUGGGGUGAAGCACUAAGUCGAUACCAAUCUCGAAUACUGAACACGGAUGGCACCAUCAACACUUCCUCUUUUCUGGGGGCCUUACGUUGCUACGAUGCCCUGGGUGAGACUAUUACCAUGCAAGAGCUUAUUAAUACAGAGUGGGAUCAGCUAGACUUCGAGGCGCGACUUGAAGUAGCUCCGUUUAAGGCAAAAGCCGCGCUUUCGUUGGGGAAUUGGCACCAGUUUGAUGAAUUAGCAGAGCAGCCCGGUGUAUUGGAGCGGCUUGGCACAGUGGAACAUUGUGCGGUGCUAUUCCGACAGGAACGCUUCGAGGAGUUGCUCCAGUUCACGGAAGAGACCAGAGAGUCCCUCUUCGAUUCCUUCUACGAGUCCUUCAUGGAAAGCUACAAUCGUUCUUACGACUUGUUAGUGGAGUUGCAGCAUCUACGACAUUUUGAGGAACUUGUGUCAUUUGUCAAGUCUGGUGAUGAACGCCAGAAAAUGCUCAAAGGCUUGUGGCAGCGACGUUUGUCAUCUAUGUCGUCCCGCCCUGCGCACCUCAAGACGCUUAUUACAAUCAAUUCAUUAGUGCUCACUCCUGAGCAAGACUUGACGUCACAGGUUAUGUGUGUGCGUGCUGUAUCGAAGUCGCAAUGGAGGCCACUCGCGGACCAUAUGUUGAACUUGCUCCUAGGUCCCAACAAGGAGCUGCAGGAGUUGUGUCGGAAGGACCCAGAUGUUAUUCACGUGUACGUAAAGCACUGCUACGCUACCAAGAGCAAGCGCGAAACUUUUCGUCUCCUUUCUGACAUCCUCAGCACGGUGAGGGUGUCACCUGGUGAUGACCGUGCAGAGGCAUGGGGCAACUGUUGGCUGCUUCUGGGGGAAUGGUCGAUGCACCUCUUCCCGGAGAAGGGUGACGAGGCAAUUGAGGGACUCAAGAAGGCUACUGAACUUAGCCCCAAGAAUUACUCCGCGUUUCAUUCACUUGGUAUUCUGCAUUACGACCUCUCGCAUGACCCUUCGGCAUCACCUGAGGCUCAAGUGAGGCAUUACGUUGACUCUAUUACAGCACUCUUCAAGUCAGUAGAACUUUCUCGGAGCCAGAGUAACGGUGUAAUGGAGGAUGUCCUCCGAAUACUAUCCAUUUGGUUUUCUCACAGCACGGUGAGUGAGGUAAACAAGGCUGUCAAAGAGGGUAUCAAUAAUGUUCCAGAUUAUGUGUGGCUCAACGUUAUUCCUCAGCUUGUGGCGCGCAUUGGUAUCACUGCGAGCCUCGCGAGGUCUAGCCUUACUGAACUCCUUGUGCGCGUGGGCUCUAAAUACCCACACGCCCUCAUCUAUCCGUUAACUGUGACAGAAAAGUCGCCUGAGGCUAUUCGACGGCUAAUGGCAGAACGUGUACUGAAGGGAAUUCGUGUGUCGAACGGCCCUAUGGUUGAGGAGGCUUCGUUGAUCAGCAAUGAAAUGGUACGCAUAGCUAUAUUGUGGGCGGAGAAAUGGCACAGCCACAUUCACUGUGCAGCUAGAAAACUGGAUGACGCGGAUGCCAUGCUUCGAAUCCUUGAUCCUUUGUACGAUGAGUUGGAAAAGGCCACAACACCAAACGAGUGCAGUUUUGAGAAGGCAUAUGGCCCGACACUUCGACGGGCCAGGACUGCUUUGCAGAAUAAGGCCCUUGAUCAGGCAUGGCCAUUGUUGAAGCAGGUGUAUGCUCAGCUAAACAAGGCAACAGGGGAGCGAAGGCUUCAAAUGGAAGACUUAUCCCCGACACUUGGAGGUAUUAGCAAGAGUAUUGUUGCCGUCCCUGGUACUUUUGUCCUUGGCCAGCCGCUCAUUACAAUUCAAAAGUUUCAUCAUCGUGUAAUUGUCAUGCCUUCUAAGCAAAAGCCACGAAGAUUUGGUUUGGAUGCCUCGGAUGGAGGUAGAUACCGUUUCCUGCUUAAGGGUCAUGAAGACUUGCGCCAGGAUGAACGUGUGAUGCAGUUUGUAGAGUUAAUCAAUACCAUCUUCUCUUCUGACAGUUCAGCGAGUGCGAUUGGUCUUGCUAUUCCCCAGUACACUGUCAUUCCCCUGACAGACAAUGUAGGCAUCAUUGGAUGGGUGGAGAAUACAGAGACUAUAUACAAGCUACUGGAGACACGACGAAAGGAGCAUAAUGUAUCCAUCUAUGAAGAGGUGCACAUGAUCAUGAAAUACGGAGGGCUAAAAGCUAUUGAAGAGUACCACCAACUGCCUAAGCUGCAUCGGAAAAAUCUCUUGAACCAGGUCAUGACCAACACCCCAGAUGAUGAAUUGCGACGUAUUAUAUGGGACAAGAAUGACACAUGCGAGCAGUGGUUGCAAUAUCGUGGAACAUACGGACAUACACUUGCAAUUAUGUCGAUGGUAGGGUACGUGUUGGGUCUGGGCGAUCGUCAUCUCAACAAUUUGAUGUUGCAGGAUAAUGGUGCCGUCGUUCACAUUGACUUUGGUGAUUGUUUUGAAGUUGCCAUGCACCGCUCGCUCUACGGUGAGGCAGUGCCGUUUCGCCUAACUCGAUUGUUGGUCACGGCUCUGGGUAUCAGUGGUGUAGACGGUGUGUACCGCCUGACGUGUGAACUUGUCAUGAAAAACCUGCGGCGGCACUGCGAGAAUCUUCUGUCCAUUCUUGAGGCAUUUAUCUACGAUCCACUCAUCAACUGGCGCCUGACGAGUGUUGGGGAGGGUGAGAAGUCCUCUUCACGCGCGGAGGCAUCUGGUAAGCCCAGUGAGAAUCACCCGCUAGGUGACUCGGAGAAGCCGACCGACGAGCCGCAGAUGCAGCUGUCGUGCUCCGUGGCGAAGUUUCGCGAGUCGGCGGCCGCUACGACGGUAGACCAAAUGAACGAGGAGGAGACGCGCAACAUGCAGGGCGACUUGGCACUUGCCCGCGUCCGCGCAAAGUUGACCGGUGAGGACUUCGGCGUGGUGAACGGCAGCUUGGCUUUGCAGAGCAGCAGGCGCGACGGGGGCGACGACCUCUGCGACGCCUCGUCAUGGGGGUCGAACAGUUACGGCACCUCGCCGAAGGACUCCUUCAGCACGGUGGCACCGGUGCCGUCGACGUACUUGUCGCUGAGGGUCGUGAACGGCAGCACCAACUGCCUCGAUGUCCCGCACCAGGUGGACCGCCUCAUUCAGGAGGCGACGAGCCUCGACAACCUCGCCGAAGCGUACAUCACCGGCUGGGCCCCAUUCUGGUGA